GCCAACGCUUUCCAGCUGAUCCAAUGUGCCCCCCACAUUUAAACUAUAAAACAAAAUUGUUUUGAUACUAUAUACGUAUUAUUGAACCCUUUUUUUUAUCUUUUCAACUGAUAUAUUUUGGGUUCCAAUUUGCCCAAAAGUUUCAUUUUUCUUCCUUUUAAAAAAAAUUCAUUUAUUUGUAAUCAAAUUUUGGGCAUUUUUUGCAUACAUUUUUUUCGUAAUCCUAUUUGGGUAUUUUAGCAUAAGUACACUGUAUGUAAUUUGUUCCUUGAAAACAUUGCGCGACUAUGUAUUGUUUUACCUCAAUUGUUUUCCGGUUGUCUUCAAUGUCAACGUUAAAAUGGUUCCGGGUUAUUUUUUUUUUAAAUCCGGAAGUGGCUGAAAGUUAUACAAGAAGCAACAAACGCUCACCUUUUGAGACUUAAUACAUUUCGCUCUCCUUUAAAGAUGAGAUUGCCGUACAGAGUCAGCCCGCUGCACGCGACAUCAUCCAGGAGGGCGUCCUCAGCCCCCGCAGGGCUCUUCGUCCCCGACUGCGGCUCCACAGACGUGCAGUCCCUGGAGCUGCUCCAGGACUUUGUCUCCCGGGCCACACGCCUGUUUGCCAUCAGCGGCGCCGGUCUCUCCACGGAGUCCGGCAUCCCAGAUUACCGUUCGGAAGGCGUCGGCCUGUACGCCCGCACCGACAGACGGCCCAUGCAGCAUAUAGAGUUUGUCCGCAGCGCCAAGUCUCGUCAGCGUUAUUGGGCGAGGAACUUUCUGGGGUGGCCGCAGUUCUCCUCGCAUCAGCCCAACGCGGCGCACGAGGCUCUGCGGCGUUGGGAGGGGCGGGGCAAGCUGCACUGGCUCGUCACCCAGAAUGUGGAUGCGCUUCAUUCAAAGGCAGGACAGAAAAGACUCACCGAGCUCCACGGAUGUGCACACAGGGUGGUGUGUUUAGGCUGCGGCGGAAUCUCGCCGAGGGAGGAGCUCCAGAGGCGUUUCGUGGCGCUCAACCCGGACUGGAGGCCCCAGGCCGGGGCCACGGCUCCGGACGGUGACGUCUUCCUGGAGGACGAGCUCGCGCUCCACUUCAGGGUUCCCUCCUGCCAAAAAUGCGGAGGGAUCCUGAAGCCUGAGGUUACCUUCUUCGGCGACACAGUCAACAAAGACACCGUUCAGUUCGUGCACGACAAAUUAGCCCAGUCGGACGCGGUGCUCGCCAUCGGGACGUCGCUGCAGGUGUACUCGGGAUACAGAUUUUUACUGGCGGCCAAAGAUAGAAAAAUACCUGUCGCUAUUGUGAACAUUGGGCCGACGAGGGCAGAUCAUUUAGCCCAGCUGAAAGUUAGGGGGCGCUGCGGUGAAGUGCUGUCACUCAUUCAACCUCUCUGAUGCAAAAAAUGAUAUCAAACUUGGAUGUAAAGAGAAAAACUACCUCAACCACACUACCUGGAACACACCAUAAUGCAACAUUACAUGUGUAUGUUCAUAAGAUAAUGUGUUCCAAUUUAAUUCAGUCUUUCAUAGAUUAUACUAGUUAUAAUUUAGAGAGCUAUUUUUUGGGUUAUAGUUUACAGUGGUGUGCAAUUGCAUCUAACAGAAAGCAGUUUUUCAUUUUGCAUCUUACUUUAAUAAGAAAAUCCAAAUGGACCUUUCCGAUGGCAAGCUUAAGCUCCGCCCCCUUAGCCAUGUCCCACAAGCUUCCAAAAUGGCGACUGAACAAGAACAUGUUUGAAGUGGAUUCUCUAUCGUGUAUUCCAGAUAAUAUUGGGGUAUGUUUUUUUUUUUUGCUAAAUGGGUCAGGCUCUUCCAAGAGUUCUACAGAGAGGUCUCAAAUAUUUCAUGUAUAUGUAUACGGAAUUAAGAUUUUGGACCGAGCAGGUCACAAUGUCAGAGUUCGAGCAAAACGUUGGCGAUCGAUGCAAAAACGUUUGACGGCUCGCAAACUUCAUAUUGAAAUCCAACAGGAUAAAAUAGUGGAAUCGUGCUGCACAUGUAAAGCAGGGCGAAUACUUUUUACUUGGAAAGAUAACUAACUUUUCCAAGCGCACGCAACUGACAACCAGCAUUGCUAGUGCAAGAAUACGGCGUUAAGACAAUGCGGCUAUCUGAUUGGCUAUUAUUGUACGAGUGAUUGACAGGUCGGAAAGGUCCAUUGGGCUCCCUCAAGUGGCAUGCAAAAGAAUUACUGCUAAGUACGGUUCAGAUGGUUCUAUCUUUUAGGUCCAAUACAUUUAAACAGGUACAAUUUUUAUUUAACCGUUAUGUGCAAUACAUUUUGACUAAAUUAUUUUGUGGCAGCACGGUGGAGCAACUGGUUACAGCGUUGGCCUCACAGUUCUGAGGACCGGGUUUCACAUCCUGGCCUCGCUUGUUGGACUUUGCAUGUUCUCCCCGCAGCUGAGUGGGUUUCGUCCCACAUCCCAAAAACGUGCAACGCUAAUUGGACAGUCUAAAUUGCCCCGAGGUGUGAUUGUGACUGCGGCCAUUUGUCUCUAUGUGCCUUGCGAUUGGCUGGUAACCAGUUCAGGGUGUAACCCCGCCUCCUGCCCGUUGACAGCUGGGAUAGGCUCCAGCGCGGCCCGCGACCCUUGUGAGGAUAAGCGGCUAAGAAAACGGCUGGCUAGAUGGUUAUUUUGUUUUUCCCUAUAUCCAGGCAUACUGUUGUUCAAACUACAUAUUGUGACAGUCGCUUAAAAUAUUACACAUAAUAUAAAAUGACUUUGGACUAAGCGGCACAGUGAUCACCUAGUAAAGCGUUGGCCUCACAGUUCUGAGGACCCGGGUUCGAUCCUGGCCCCGCCUGUAUGGAGUUUGCAUGUUCUCCCCAUGCCUGGAUGGGUUUUUCCUCCGAGCACUCCCACAACCCAAAAACAAAUUGCCCCCAGGUGUGAUCGUGAGUGUGGCUGUUUGUCUCUUAAGUGCCCUGGAAUUGGCUGGCUGGCAACCAGUUCAGGGUCUACCCCGCCUCCUGCCCUUUGACAGCUGGGAUAGGCUCCACCACUCCCCGCGACCCUAGUGAGGAUAAGCGGCAAACAAGAUGGAUGGAUGGACAAAUAC